CGAGCUAUUUCCUCGGAUGGAGCAUAACAUAAACAAAUAAGAUGGCCGAAGAACGCAAAACUAAAAUCGAAAACGUUCCCGGCUCGUCCAAAUCUGCUUCUAGCAAGACUGUAUACGUACAAGAUGACGUGUUUGUACAUACCUCUGUUACAAGCAGCUAUUCAGCCAAUAUCAUCCGUGGUCAGAUCUCAAUAGUCGAAAAGGACGAUUCAAGUCAUGUGAAUUGGCUACCAGUUUCCCCUGAAGCUGUGUUUGAUGACUAUCAUAUAAACAACGAUGCUGAAUGGAGUGUCGUCUCCCGUUCUACGACAGAUGCUGAUAGUAAUACGCAGCAACCAGAGAAUCAACAUGCUCAAAAUGUCAUCAAAAAAUACACGUUAUCUUUUGCAACGACCGACCUGCAUUCAAUACGUCGUUCUGACUCCAAAUUUCAUUGGCAUUUCUUGGUGUUCGUCUUGAAGGACGGCACAACUCUACCAGCGUUGCAUUUUCACAGUGGCGGCACAGCUAAGUUUAUUCAACAUCUGCACAGAUACGUCUGGCUUACAAAGUCGUCAAACAAUCCCAGGUUAUUCAUAGUUUGUAACGAGCAUAACCACGCGCUACAGAAGUCAUUGAACCACCUUGACUUGUUUGGCUCGGACACAACGGACAUGUUCACCCGUUUCCUAGGUAAUGCAUACGUCGAAGGUUUGGGCGCGUUUUCCAAAGUCACAAAAAUGGUACGGGAUGCCUGGACCAAUGGACCCGCUCACGAAUCUCACAAACCGACGAAACCCGAGGAGCCAUUUCUACCCAAGACCGAUCAAAACUACGACAGUCUACAAUCGUUGGAAAAUGGAUUUGAAACUCUUCUUCCUGAUGUCCAGCCAGAUCUAGGCCCAGCGACGGACGUUGUACGCGGAGACCCGAUCAGUUUGAACGAAUGGAUGAGUUUCACGGACAGCGAAGGGAAAAUUUGUAAAGUUGAAAAGUUAAAAAUGCUCAUAUGUCAAGGGGGCAUUGAGCACAGCAUUAGAAAAGACGUAUGGAAAUUCCUUUUGGGUUUUACGAUUACGAGGAAACAUAUAAAGAACGCAUACAAAAAAGGAAGCGAAAAUGGUAGAAAAUCAAAGUGGAAACAGCAAUAUAACGAGAUUUUCUCUCCAUACAGGAACGAGUACAUCACUAUGAAACAACAAUGGCAGUCAAUCACGCCGGAGCAAGAAAAGCGAUUCACGUUGUUGCGUGAGAGAAAACAUCUUGUCGACAAAGAUGUGAUCAGAACAGAUCGUACGCAUUCUUUUUACAAAGGAUCCGGCAACAUCAACACGCAGAAGCUUUACGAUAUUCUUAUGACAUAUUGCAUGUAUAACUUUGAUUUAGGUUAUGUUCAAGGUAUGAGUGAUCUAUUAUCACCGAUUCUCUUCAUAAUGAACGACGAAUCAGACGCUUUUUGGUGUUUCGUGGGUUUUAUGGAAAUGGUUGCAGAUAACUUUGAAAUGAACGCCAUCGCAAUUCACAGGCAAUUGGACAAUUUGAAGGCCCUUCUGCAAUACGUUUAUCCAAGAUUAUACCAUCAUUUUGACAAAAACGAAUCUGGGAAUUUGUACUUCUGCUUUCGAUGGCUCUUGAUCCUCUUCAAAAGAGAGUUUGUUUUCGAAGACAUCAUGAAACUGUGGGAGACGUUGUGGACGCAAAAUUUGUCACCGAAUUUUCAUCUUUUUAUUUGCCUGGCAAUUUUGAAAACGGAAGAGGAUCGCAUCAUUGAAAAGCAAUAUGGCUUUAACGAAAUCUUAAAGCACGUGAAUGAAUUAGCGAUGAAAAUCGACCUCGAAGCGAUGUUAGUUAAAGCAGAAAAACUGUGCCUUCAGUUGAGAGAUACGCGAAAUCUUCCGGACGAUAUAACAGAGAUCUUGAUGGGAAAGCCAGUGGAAAGAAGCCAAAAACGACACUUCCCAGGAAAACCAGUGUUGGUGAGCAGUUCAAACGACGGUGCCGACGCACAACACCAAACCCACGAUUCAGACGACGAUAUUGAAGAACUGAGCGAGGAAUUGAUCAACAAUGGUAUUUCCGAGAGCGAAACAACGGACGAGAAAAGUCACAAAGGCGUAGAAACGACACAAGACACUCCUGCGAACGAAAUGUCUUGAAGCGAUGUAAGGUCACGAAACGAAAAGAAGGAAGUUGCUUUUAAAUGAAUGAUAUGUCUGUGUCAUGGGUAAUAUAAUUAUUGUUCGUAUAGUCUACAUGAGGUGACGUCAUAUGUUGAGAGAAGGAGAAAAGGCCUUGAGUUUUAGAUGGUUAGAAAGCUUUAUGCCCAAUCCCAAUUGAUUAUUAUUUAUUGAGCAAGCAUUUGCCCUGAAGUACGUAGUUUAUACAAAAGCUAAUUAAUCAAUUAGCCUUGGAUGCAUUUUAUUUGAACAAACAGAGUUAAGUUUUCGUGUGAGCAUCCAACCUUCGAUACCCUAUGCGCAUUUAUAACAUUAAAAUUUUGGUUUGAUUAAGUUUGUGUAUAUGACAUUACACACGAAUGGGCAAACACGCUAUUCAUCGUAGACAAAACGUUGCACAUGUAAAAAAAAAUGGUUUAUUGUAUAAAACGAAGUAUUCUUUACAGUGGA